AUGUCCGACACUAUCUCCCUUGGAAGAUACCUUUUUGAAAGACUCCAUCAAGAGCCAAUCGGUUUGCAGUCCAUCUUUGGAGUUCCUGGUGAUUUCAACUUGACGCUUCUUGAUAAAAUCAGCGAGGUGGAAAACCUUAAGUGGCGUGGAUGUUCCAAUGAAUUGAACGCCGCUUAUGCCACCGAUGGCUACUCCAGAGUUAGAGGUAACGCCAGUGCCAAUGGUCUUGGAUUUGGAGCUCUUGUUACUACUUAUGGUGUUGGUGAACUCAGUGCCAUCAACGGUGUCGCUGGUUCUUAUGCUGAGCAUGUUGGUUUGCUUCACAUUGUCGGAUAUCCUUCGUUAGUGGCCCAGAAGAAGCAGUUAUUGUUGCACCACACCUUGGGUGAGGGCACCUACGAUGCUUUCAACAAGAUGGCUGAUAACAUCUCACAGGCUGACGGAAUUCUUGAUCACCCGGUUCUGGCGCCCGAUGUCAUUGACAGAGUCAUUAGAGAAGCUUACAUUCACCAGAGGCCAGGCUACUUGGGCUUUCCCUCCGAUAUGGUCAAUGUUCAGGUUCCAAAACUGCGUUUGGAAAAACCUCUUGACUUGUCUCCCCUCAAGAACGACCCCAAGGUACAAGCGAAGGUUUUGGAGAAAAUCUUGGGAAUGAUCAAGAACUCUCAUAACCCCGUCAUCAUCGUUGACGUGUGCUGUGGAAGAUACAAUGUCACCAAGGAGGCAGCUGCUUUGAUUGAGGCUACUCAGUUCAAGUACGCCACUGCUCCUAUGGCCAAAGGCACCAAACACAUUGACGAGAAUGGGAAGCUUUUCACGGGCAUUUACGUGGGUUCUUUGUCGUACGAAGCCACGAAGAAGGCUGUGGAGGAGUCCGACCUCGUUAUUUCUUUAGGAUUCUUGCCUAGUGACUUCAACACCGGUGCCUUCUCCUACUGCUUGAGCGAAAAUUUCAUCGAGCUCCACUCCGACCACACCAUCAUUGGCGACUCCUUCUAUAAUCACCUUGCCAUGAAGGAGCUUCUCACGGCUCUUGUCCAACUGCCUGAAUUGAAGGAUGCUCUUGCUCACCAUGACACCAACGAUCAUUUCAAAAACGAAUAUACCAUUGAGCCAAUGGACAAAAGUGGCAGGAUCACACAAAAGUGGUUGUGGAACCGUUUGUCUGUAUUCUUGAAGCCCGAAGACAUCGUCAUCACCGAAAGCGGAACAGCAUCUUUUGGUAUCAUCAGUACCAGAUUUCCCAAAGACGUGUUCGGUAUUUCGCAGAUUCUUUGGGGAUCCAUUGGCUACUCUGUUGGUGCAACUCUUGGUGCCGCUGCCGCUGCAAAGGAGACCAAUCCUAACAGAAGAGUUAUCCUUUUCGUCGGCGACGGAUCCUUGCAAAUGAGUGUACAAGAGAUUUCCACGAUGGUGAGAAACGACUUGCAUCCAUAUCUCUUCAUCUUGAACAACGAGGGCUACACUGUUGAGAAGUUGAUCCACGGUCCUGAAGAAGAUUACAACCAGAUCCAAUUGUGGGACCACCAAUUGCUUUUGCCUGCCUUUGGCGCCAAGCAGUACGAGUCCUUGAAGGUUGGGGAGGCUGCCGAACUCAAAAACCUCUUCAACGAUGACAAAUUCAACAAAAACGACAAAAUAAGAUUGAUCGAGCUUCUCUUGGACAGCAAGGAUGCUCCACAGAACCUAGUGGAGCAAGCCAAGCUCGCAAGCAAGGUCAAUUCUGCCUAA